GUGUGUUGCAGGUUGCCUACCGCCCGGCCAUGGGACGGCGCCCAGGGGUGAGCGCCUGUGGCGUCCCCCGACCACCAGCGCCGCCGCCUCCGUCGCUCACCUGACGAGGGCCGAGGUGCCGGCGUCAAGAUGAAGGGUCGGAGCGGGGCUGGGGCGGGGCCUGGGGGGCCCCCUCCCGCCGGCAUCCUCAAGCACCCCCCUCCCCCUCCCCCGCGCACGCACGCCCACGCUGCGCUGGUGCUGGCGCCCCUCGGGCCCCCUCUCGGGGGCGUGGGGGUCCCCGUCGCCUCCGGCCCUGCCGCCCACGGGCCCCACGGGGUGUGCGUCUGCCGGGCCGCCUCUCCCAGUCGCUGCCCGGAGCACGGAGGAUGCGGGCUGCACCACUCGCUGCCGGGGACGCCCACCGGGCUGGGAACACCCGUGCCUGGAACGCCACUCCUCGGAACGCCCGUGCCCGGAACACCCGUGCUGUACCCUGCCAUCAUAUACUCCAGGCAUCAGAUGCCCGCGGCCCGGCCCGCCGCUGCGCAGCCUCCCGCCCCGCCGCCGCGCCAGCUCGCGCACAGUGACACGUUCCUGGUGGCUGGCGCUCGCGCGGGGGCAGCACGCCAGUCGCGCGCCCGGGUGGCGCCCCCGCAGGUCGCCAGCGACAAGAGGGGUGCCUUCGUGAUCCUGGCCGACGGCAGCCUGCUGGAGACGCCGCUGCGCACCUCCAGCCCGUUCCGCGGCUGCGGCUUCCGCCCGGACUCGCGCUACUCGCCCAGCCAGCCGUCCUCGCCCGUGAGCGGCCGGUCCAGCCGCAGCGUGUCGCCGCGCCGCAGCCGAAGCCCCGGCGGCGCGCUCAGGCCGGCUCACGGCGGCUCCGUCAGCCAGCUCACCGCGGCCUUCGAGCAGCGCGCCCUGCCGGCCAGGGGAGACGCUCCGCCCAAGGGCAGGUUCGCGGCACCGGGCAGGGGUUACCGGUCCGGAGGGACGUCGCCCAGCCGGGGAGCGAGGAGCACGCCGACGUCCAGGGACCCCUCGCCGAACAGGAGGGCGAUCUACUCAAGGACAGCGUCCCCGAGCAGAGGGGCGUACUCGAGGAACGCGUCGCCAAGCAGAGGGGCGUACUCUAGGAACGCCUCUCCAAGCAGGGGGUCGUACUCAAGAACCUCAUCGCCCAGCAGAGGAGCGUACUCCAGCAGGACCUCAUCGCCUAGUAGAGGAGGGUACUCGAGGAACGCGUCGCCCAGCAGAAGAGCGUACUCCCGAAACGCUUCGCCAAGGAGAAUACCGUACUCCAGGGACCCGUCACCACCAAGAAGAGGGCAGUACUCUAGAAACGCGUCACCAAACCGCGUGCCCUACGCGAAAGAUCCCUACUCGCGAGACGCGUCGCCCAACAGGAGAGCGUCUGUGUACUCCAGGAACGCGUCACCCCAAAGAAGCCAGUACAGCAGAGGCCCGCAGUCGUACUCCAGAAACGCGUCACCGAACAGGACGCCGCAAUACAGAGACGCUUCGCCGGCAAGGAGGAUACCAUACCCGCGUGCCGUGUCGCCACCAACCAGGGCCGUGCGGGAGACCUCGCCGUCGAGGAGACGAUCGCCCGCGAAACGCGGCAUCCGGGACGUCUCACCCGGCCGCAUUCCGGGACGGGAGCCGUCGCCCAGCAGGAGAACCAUUCCCAGGGCCAUGCGGUCCAACCAGGCCUCCCCCGCGCGCCGGGCCUCUGUGGCCGCCGUGGGGCCGUCGGUGUACUACUCGCCCUCGCGGAGGCCGGCGGCCCGGGACCUAUCUCCCGCCCGACGAGUUGUCAUGUCCCCGACGCGGAUCCCGGUGCGCGCACGCGAGCCCUCACCCGCCCGGUUGGCGUCGCCAGCUCGUGAGCCCGCCCGUUUCAUCGAGAUCACGACCAAGCCCCGGUCAAGAACACCAUCGCCAUCCCGCGGAGUGCAGACAGACCCCAACAUCACGGGCACCAUCCAGGACCCUGACCCGGACGCGGCUGCGGACGCUCUUCAAAGCCCGUCCAGGGCGGUACCUUCGAUGAUCCCCGUGCCUAUUUCCAGGGUGACAUCCCCCGUGCGGAAAGAACCCGAGAACAUCAUGGACGCGACGCCGAAGCCUUCCCCGAAACGGGUUCCGCAGUCAAGGACGCCGACACGGUCCCCAAGGAGGGUGGCCAAAGCGCACGAGGCCUCCACGCCGAAGAAGAAAGAGGAGCUUACGACCCGUACGCCCGCGAAGGGGAGACGGAGCGCUAUCCUGAGCGCGGAGAUGGUGCAGGACACGCCGGGUAAGGAGUACCUGACCCCGUCGUGGACUGAGCCGAGCGUGAAGGAGCGUAAUAGGAAGAACACAAGUGGCCAGACGCCCGCCCCUCGCAGGACGACGCCCAGCAGAACACCGGCACCGCCGUCCCCGCGCGCCUCCAGGGUCACGCCUAAGACUACGCCCAGGACCACGCCGAAGACCCCGCGUAAGGACGGUGCCAACAACAAUAACAACAAUAACAAGCCAGCCCUCAAAAAGCCGAACAACAGCAGUAAAGCUCCCGAGAAGCCCAUGACACGCUCCACCUCCAUCAAGAGCAUCGCGUCCAUGAAGACGGCUGCCCCGGGUAUGCGUCCGCGGUCGACCAAGACCGACCACCCUUCCCCCGCCCCCACCUCUGUGCCAAUGUCCACCGUGCCCGAGUCGCCCUCCGUGCGGCUCCGGCCCACCCCCGUCCCUGCCCCCGUCAGGCCGUCAGACGAGUUGACGCCGUACGCCCCCGGCCCGCCCCCGGACAUUCCGCCGGACACCCCGCUAACACUCACGUCUUCCAAGAGGCCCGCGUCGCCUCCGCGCCCCGCGUCCCCUCCGCCGGCGGCCGCCGCCUCGCCACCCGCGGAUGACAGUGGCCCCUCGGGGCCGAUCCUGGCCAGCAUGCUCGGCGAGCUGGACGCGAACGAGCCCUCCAGCACGCUGGUCUCCUCCACGACGGCGGGACCCCUCGAGAUGGCGCAGCCAGACGUGGUCGCCAGUGACCUCCUCUCGUCCGCCAAGUCGUCGCAAGAUUCCAUCAAAGUGCCCAACAGUCUGAGCCAAGCCGCGGCCGACGCGGCUCCGGCGAUGACGGACUCCCCCAGCAGCUCGGACACCUCGGUGGCCACCGUGCGCAACUCCACUGCCCCCAAAACCUCCACUGCCUCCCCCACUGCCGCCACCACGUCCACUGCCAGCGCCGCCCCCGCGGCCAGCUCCUCGUCUUCCAUGAGUGCCGCCCCAGCCGGGGCCGGCAAGUCCACUGCCUCCGGUCCGUCGGCCGCCGCCGGCCAGCCCCCGGACAAGCAGGGCGCCAAGGAGGGCGCCGACGUUCAAAGUGCCAACAAACCUACAACGAGCGACUCUCCAGCGUCCAGGGCCGCCAAGAAUGAGACCGCGAGCGGCGGGAAGCGGGGCGCAGGCGGGUGCCUGCGGUGGCUCCGCCGGGGCUCCAAGGGGCCCAAGGCGUGGGCCAAGCCGAGGGCCCCGAAGGCACCCCGCUCCAUGCGGUCCCCCGCCACCCCCGGGCUGCUCCGCCGCCUGGCCUGCUGCGGCCGGCGCACCGCCCCCCGCGACUCGGCCGAGGCGCUCGCCGGCACGCCGCCCCCGACGGAGGCCGCCGCCGCCCCCAAGCAAGGAGGCUGCGCGGGCUGCAUCGACAAGCUGCGGGCGCUCUGCUGCAGGCCAAGGUCGGCCCCCGGCCCCGGCCCCGCCCCCGGGACCCCUGCCGCCCCCGGGUCGCCCCCGGUGCACGCCGACAGCAGCCACUGGCUGAGCUCCCUCACUGUACGCUUCAGCUUGCCGAAAGGCCUGCCCAAAGGGUUGCCCAGACUGCGCCCCAGCUUGGCCAAGUUGCCCAAUUUGCAUGCUAUGCUCAGGCGGAAAGAUGUCGCGAAGACCGGCGCCAUGGCGGCGGCCGCCCCCGGCGCGGCCCGCGCCUCGACGCCGCCUCCGGGGGGCAACUGCUGCUCGCGCGGCAUGUCGCGGUGCGGGGCGCUGACGCGGGCGGCGUGCGGGGCGCUCUUCUGCCUCAACACGGCGUGCUGCCUGCGCUCCUCGUGCCGCCAGGCGGGCGGCUGCUGCAGCCGCUGCUGUCCCCUGCCGUCGGCCUCGCCCGCCCCCGACGCCGGCGCCGGGGAGCGGCGCAAGUCGCAGGCGCGCAGCCUUGCGCGCGGCAAGUCCGUCACGGCCAGCAGCAAGGAGCUGAGCAAGCUGGACGCCGCCCUGGUCGAGCACAACGGAGUGAUGCGAGGAGCCAUCCCUGUGCUGCCGCUGCCCCUCGCCUGGAUCUGCAUGGUGUGCAACGUGUUCGUGCCGGGACUCGGCACGCUGUCCAUGGGGCUGUUCUGUCUGUGCGUGGGCAAACCGCGCUUCAGCUCGAGCGACACGGCCAAGGCGCGCGUCGGCGCGUUCUGCCUGGACACCCUGGUGGCCGCUUCGCAGCUCUUCACUGUGCUGUUCUGCCUCGUGGGCUGGGGCUGGAGCAUCUGGUGGGGGCUCAUCGCCCUCCGCCUGGCCAAGAAGUACAGGCGCAUUCAGCUGGCCGAGCGCGCCGCCGCCACCAGGCCGGCCGCCAUCGCCGUCCCUGCAGGCGGGGACGUGGAGAAGGGGCUGAGGCAGGGCGGCGCCCGCGGGGCCAAGCCCCCCUGAGGGCGGCCGGGGGCGGACCCGGCCCCGCGCAGACCUAGCAGGCCCAAGGCGCUAGUUGGCCCCGCUCCGACCCCGACCACCGCCCCCGAGUGAGACUCGACCCAGCAGAACUCCUCAUUUUCGAACACUCUGAACAAAGAAACAUUUAACAGCAAACCUUUGCCGGGGAAACUAUGCGACGAGGACCAGGCGGUAUACUGGCAUGAAAGUCCGCACUAUAAUGACACAAUUCCUCUUUUGAAAAGAGUUAGAAUGGGUAAACCUUAAAAAGGAAUGUAACUAAAAAUAUGAUUUAAAGUACCCUCUUUUUAUUUAAACAGUGUGGAGUAAAUAAUUUUUCUCUCAACUUUGGCCUGGGCAUUGAAAAUGAUAAUUUUAUCACGUAGAGAAGAAAUAUUGGGAAGUACGGAUGCAUUUUAAGGUCGAUGAUGGAAUGAAUGGAGGAGUUUCCUCAAAGAUUGAAAGUUUGAGUAAGAGCAAAUAUUAAUAUGCCUUGAAGAAGUGUUGUAGAUUUUUUAAACUGCUUUCUUCAUUAAUAAUAGGAAUGAACCAAAUCUAGUUUAAGGUAGAAUGUGCUCUAAUUAUACACAAGUAUUUAUAUUUUGUACUCAUUUUGAAUGCACAAAUAUAUAUGUACAUAACUCUAAUGCAGAGAAAAUGAAAACA